UCACCCUUAUUAGCACAAGUCAAGCCAAACUGGUGUAGUCGCUUGCCAUUGACAUUGGACGAAGCUCUCUUCCUCCCUUCUGUCUCCCAAUUCAACUCAAAAUGCGAAGGAACCCCAACAAUUCUUCUUCCAAAUCGAAACCGUCGACCAGUCAAGAACCCGUCGGAGUUGAUACAACUGCUGGUUUGAUUAGUGGAAAGAAGAGAAGGUCAGGAUUUGUGUGGCUGAUAUUGUUUGGAGUGAUCAUAUACUCUUCAUGGGCUGUUUACCAUUACCAGUUCGAGAGUUUGCCUUCAGCUCUCACCGCUGAGCAGGCCGGCAAGAGGGGUUUCUCUGAGGUGGAGGCUAUGAAGCAUGUCCAAGCCUUGACUCAAUUGGGCCCUCACCCUGUUGGGUCGGAUGCUCUUGACCUUGCUUUGCAGUAUGUUUUGACAGAGGCGGAAAAUAUUAAGGAAACAGCUCACUGGGAGGUUGAUGUUCAAGUGGAGCUUUUCCAUGUAAAAGCUGGUGCAAAUCGUCUGCUUGGUGGCCUCUUUAAGGGGAAAACACUUGUUUAUUCUGAUCUUAACCACAUCAUUCUAAGAAUCUUGCCAAAAUAUGCAUCUGAAGCAAGAGAAAAUGCUAUUCUGGUCUCUUCUCACAUUGAUACUGUAUUCUCAACGGAAGGGGCUGGAGAUUGCAGUUCUUGCGUGGGUGUUAUGUUGGAACUUGCUCGAGGGAUUUCUCAGUGGGCUCAUGGAUUCAAGAAUGCCAUAAUAUUUUUAUUUAAUACCGGUGAGGAGGAGGGUCUAAAUGGUGCUCAUAGCUUUAUAACUCAGCAUCCUUGGAGUAAAACUAUUCGUAUGGCUAUUGAUUUGGAAGCCAUGGGUAUUGGAGGGAAGUCUGGCAUUUUUCAGGCUGGUCCUCAUCCAUUUGCUAUAGAGAACUUUGCAUUGGCAGCAAAAUACCCUUCUGGUCAUGUCGUAGCACAGGAUCUUUUUUCAUCCGGAGUGAUUAAAUCUGCCACAGAUUUCCAAGUUUACAAAGAGGUUGCUGGUCUUUCAGGGCUUGACUUUGCCUACACAGAUAACAGUGGUGUAUAUCACACUAAGAAUGAUAAAUUGGAGUUCCUCAAAUCCGGUUCUCUUCAGCAUCUUGGGGAGAAUAUGCUUGCUUUUUUGCUUCAGAUAGCUCCAACACCUCAUCUUCCAAAAGGCAAUGCAAUGAGAGAAGAGGAAAAAAGUGGACAGGACACUGCUGUAUUUUUUGACAUUUUGGGAACAUACAUGAUUGUAUAUAGUCAAAGGUUUGCAAGCAUGCUUCACAAUUCGGUGAUAAUGCAAUCACUUCUAAUAUGGGUGACAUCAUUGCUUGUGGGUGGUUAUCCAGCUGCUAUUUCAUUGGGCUUGUCAUGUCUCAGUGCCAUCCUAAUGUUGAUAUUUUCAAUGAGCUUCUCCAUUCUUGUGGCCUUCAUUCUACCGCAAAUAUCUUCAUCACCAGUGCCCUAUGUUGCAAACCCAUGGUUAGUAAUUGGGUUAUUUGCCGCACCUGCACUCAUUGGAGCAUUGAUUGGCCAACAUUUUGGUUAUCUUAUUAUUCAAAUGUAUUUAUCAAAUGUAUACACCAAGAAAAAGCAGCUGUCAUCUGUUAUCCAAGCUGACUUGGUCAAGUUAGAGGCUGAAAGAUGGCUAUUUAAAGCUGGUUUUAUUAAGUGGCUUGUUGUUCUGAUCUUGGGACACUAUUACAAAAUUGGAUCAUCUUACAUUGCACUCUUUUGGUUGGUUCCACCAGCAUUUGCAUAUGGCUUGCUUGAAGCAACUCUAACCCCUGCUCGGUUUCCAAGGCCUCUCAAACUUGCAACUCUACUAAUGGGUUUGGCUUUACCAAUUAUAAUUUCUUCAGGAACUUUCAUUCGGUUGGCUGUCACAAUAGUUGGGAUUGUGGUUCGAUUUGAUAGGAACCCAGGUGGCACUCCUGAGUGGCUGGGAAAUACAAUAAUAGCUGUUUUCAUUGCUGUUGUCAUUUGUUUCACUCUGGUUUACAUCCUUUCAUAUGCCCAUCUCUCAGGUGCAACAAGAACUAUCAUCCUUGGAACUAGUGUCCUGUUUGGACUCUCACUCAUUUUAAUAUUAUCUGGUGUGCUUCCACCUUUUACUGAAGAUACUGGGAGAGCUGUCAAUGUUGUGCACAUUGUAGAUACAACAGGAAGCUAUGGUAAUAAGCAACAUCCUAGCUCGUAUGUAUCUCUAUUUUCCACGACACCUGGAACUUUGAUAGAGGAGGUUGAACAGAUUAAAGAAGGAUUCUCUUGUGGAAGAGACAAUGUUGUUGAUUUAGUUACCUUUUCUGUCAAGUAUGGUUGUUGGGCCCACGAGGACACUAAAGGCGGAUGGAGUGAUGCAGAUAUUCCUACACUUCGAGUUAAUAGUGAUACCAUAGGAGAUGAAAGAAUAACACAAGUUUCAAUUGACACACAAGUUUCUAUACGUUGGUCUCUAGCAAUUAAUACCAAGGAAGUGGAAGAUUUCAUCUUGACAGGGAAUUCGGAUGAAUUAGUUCCAUUUGGCAACAAGAGCAGCACAGAUGGAUGGCAUAUAAUUCAGUUUUCAGGAGGAAAAGAAGCUCCUAGAAAGUUUGAGCUAACACUUUUCUGGGUGAAGAAACCCAUGAAGUCUGCUCACAGUGUGGAUGAACAAACGACGGAGGAGCAACAGCCGCUGUUAAAGCUAAGAACAGAUGUUGACCGAUUAACGCCAAAAGCUGAAAGAGUUCUGAAGAAGCUCCCUGAAUGGUGUUCCCAGUUUGGGAAGUCCACAUCUCCCUACAAUCUAGCAUUUUUGAGCAGUCUUCCUGUUGAUUUUUAGGUAACUAAUGUGAAGGAGCCUAAUUUAAAUGGUGUGUUAUUCUCCUGUUUCUUGGAUAUUAUACACUCAAUAUGUGGAGAUAAAAUAGGAAGGAAACAGAAAAACUCGAAAUGUGUAUUGUUUGAAGAGUAGAAAGUUAAUAAAGAGAUUUAUGAUUUUUUUUUUGGACAAAA